CUAAAGGGGACCGUUAGCUAAAGUGGGCCGUUAUCUAAAGUGGGCCGUUCGCUAAAGUGGGCCGUUCGCUAAAGGGGGCCGCUCGCUAAAGUGGGCCGUUUGCUAAACAGACUGUUUGCUAAAGGGGGCCUUUUUGCUAAAGCGAGCUGUUCGCUAACGGGGGCCAUUCACUAAAGCGGGCUGUUUGCUAAAGGGAACUGUUCGCCAAAGGGGGCUGUUCGCUAAAAGGAGCCUUUUUGCUAAAGCAGGUUGCUCACUCAAGGGGGCCUUUUCACUAAAGGGGGCCUAUUUGUUAAAGGGGGCCAGUCACUGAAGCGGGCUGUUCGCUAAAGGACAUGAGCAGCUACUGGGGCCAGGACUGCUUCCCACUGACAUGAACACACAGAGCAGCACGUGGGCAGGCGGGCACUGGCGGCAGCACUGCAAAGCGGCACUAAUCUGGCCAUGUGCUUCUUACAGACUGCCCAUAAGAGCCCAUCCAUUAUGUCUGUAUCUGUUAGUAAUGCCUGCCUGUCCAUCACAUGUCUUCUGCUGCUCUCCCCGUGGCCAGGAUGGGUGCUUGCUGUCAGAAUCUGGCUGGUACAGGGAGGAGAGGUCAUAGCGAUGGUGGGUGCUGUUAUUUAUAUCUCCAGUCUGCUGAUAAAGAGGGAGAAGGCUGAAGAAACAGGUGAAGAGGCCAUCCAUCCAUCCUUUGAGAAUGCAGGGGCAAUGAAGCAGUCCGAGCUGAGCAAAUAGGAACAGUAUUCCUGCAUCUGACACGCCCCCAUGCCUGCAGGACCCUCGCCCCUGUCCUUUUUGGUCUUGCAGUACUUAUGACUCUCCCAGACCAUCCUAACUGGCGUGUCUCUGGGAAUGAUGCCAUUGCCACUGGCGCCACCCGCCCUGUCACCAUGACAAUGCCACUCAGCCCCCUCUCCAGUGACGAGGAACAGCAAAGGAUGCUGGGAAACAGUCAACACUUAUACCCUGGGGCAGAAGACGAGGAAGAAGAGGAAGAGGAAGAGGAGGAAGAGGACAGAGAAGAAGAUGACAGGGAUGAGGAAGGAGAAGAUGAAGAAAAUGGAGAGCUAGAAGGGGAAGAGGAAGAAGAAAUAGAUGAAGAAGAUGGAGAUGGAGGCGGGCACUCACGCAGAGGCAGGCAGUCAGGCAACAUGACUAGCCGACAGCCUGCAGACAGACAGCGGCGAUCCAGCAAUCCAGGAAUCGCACCCAAUCCCUACUCCUCAAACCCGGGAGGCAGCCACCAGCAGCCAGCCAAUCAGACACAGCAACAGAGGCGCCCGCGUGAGCGCAGCGGCAGUAUGGUGCCAUCUGACGACACGCAGAUCUCCAUGAUGGUGUUUCGCAUCGGGAUCCCUGACAUCAAACAGACGAAGUGCCUGCGCUUUAACCCUGAUGCUACCGUGUGGAGGGCCAAGCAGCAGGUGCUCUGCUCGCUCACUGAGUCACUGCGGGACGUGCUCAACUAUGGCCUCUUCCAACCCGCCACUGACGGCCACGACGCCAAGUUCCUGGAGGAGGAGCGGCUGCUGCGCGAAUACCCACAAUCCUUUGAGAAGGGGGUGCCCUAUUUGGAGUUUCGCUAUAAAACCAGGGUGUACAAGCAGACGAAUCUGGAUGAAAAACAGUUGGCGAAACUGCACACUAAGGCCAGUCUGAAGAAAUUCAUGGAUUACAUCCAAAGUGGAGCCGUGGAAAAAAUGGCCAAGUUCCUGGAUAAGGGGCUUGACCCAAACUACCACGACUCGGACAGUGGAGAGACCCCCCUAACCCUGGCUGUUCAGUCUGAACAUGGCUUUGGAGAAGGCAUUCGUGUCCUCAUUUUGGGGGGAGCACACAUUGAUUUCCGGGCUAAAGAUGGACUCACCCCCUUGCACAAGGCUGUGCGAGCCCACAACCACAUCGCAUUGUUGGCCCUCCUGUCUCUGGGAGCCUCUCCAGACUACAAAGAUCGCAGGGGCCUGACCCCGCUGUACCACUCCGUGCUCACUGGGGGCGACACCUCCUGCUGUGAAACUCUGCUUUAUCACAGAGCGAAGCUGGGAGUGAGGGAUGAGAAUGGCUGGGAUGAGACUCACCAGGCUUGCCAAAAUGGUCAUUCCCAACACUUGGAGCAUCUCCUGUUUUAUGGUGCUGACUCCACUUCCCAGAAUGCCUCUGGAAACACUGCCCUGCAUAUCUGUGCAUUAUAUAACAAGGAGAGCUGUGCCCGCAUUCUUCUAUACAGGGGCGCCAAUAAGGAUGCAAAAAACAACAAUGGACAAACCCCCUUCCAGGUCGCUGUGAUGUCCGGUCACUUUGAACUGGGUGAGAUUAUUAAAAAUCACCGUGACACAGACGUAGUGCCCUUUCUUGAGUCACCCAAGUAUGCCCCCCAGAGGCGGGAAAGUACACGUACACUCAUGCUUCCACAUCCUCACCCCUUCCUUCGUGCCAACAGCGAUAACAGCAUGACGGUUCCUGAGUGGAUGGCAGUGCCCAGUGCAGCGGGCAGCACCGUUGUCUCUGUGCAGGGUCUCAAGCACAGUGGCACGAUCCGGAGCUCAAGCAGCCCUCGGGGGGCCCGCACUCGCUCCCCCUCCCGAGGCCGUUCUGGGGAGAAGGAGGAGCGCAGCCGCUCCAUUCGAAGCAGACCGGGGGUGGGGUCGACCGGGAGUGCGGUAACCUCCGGCAGCCAGCGAAGGCGCCUGUACAGCGCUGUCCCAGGACGGGUCUUUGUGGCCACGAGGUCAUAUUCUGCCCAGGGAGAGAGAGAAAUAAGCUUUAACAAGGGAGAUAAAGUUAAAGUGCUGAGCGUGGGUGAGGGGGGAUACUGGGAGGGUACAGUGAAGGGCCGGACUGGCUGGUUCCCGUCUGAGUGUGUGGAGGAGGUAGGAGCACGCCAGGCCAGCCGCUCAGAGAGCCGCAGUGAUAAGGCCAAGCGCCUGUUUCGCCACUAUACUGUGGGAUCAUACGACAGCUUUGAGGCCCCGAGCGACUACAUCAUCAAGGAAAAGACAGUACUCCUACAGAAGAAGGACAAUGAAGGUUUUGGAUUUGUCCUGCGAGGAGCUAAAGCUCAGACACCUAUAGAGGAGUUCACACCCACACCAGCAUUCCCCGCACUGCAGUAUCUGGAAUCGGUGGAUGAAGGGGGUGUGGCCUGGAGGGCUGGUUUACGAAUGGGUGACUUUCUUAUUGAGGUGAAUGGUCAAAAUGUGGUUAAGGUGGGCCACAGACAGGUGGUCAACAUGAUCAGACAAGGGGGAAACAACCUCAUGGUCAAAGUCGUCAUGGUGACCCGCAACCCUGAUAUGGAGGACGGUGGCAGGAAAAAAAUUCCUCAACAGAGUAAGAGGUUGAGUGCUCCUGCCAUUGCUCUGCGCUCCAAGUCCAUGACGUCAGAGCUGGAGGAGAUGGGUGGGUCCCGUGCCGCAGUGGACAAAGGUGAGAGACAGUCAUACGCUGCCACGCCUUGGAAAAAGAAAGAGUACGAGCCCUCGCAGGUCAACGAGAAGAAGAGGACCGUCUACCAGAUGGCCCUGAACAAACUGGAUGAGAUCUUGGCAGCAGCCCAACAGACAAUUAGUACCAAUGAGGGACCUGGGCUGCGAAGCCAUGGAACCAAAAGAGACAAAACAAGGGGCCUCUUCCCUAAUGAGCCCAGCUUCGAGCAGCCAGGUUUGCCUGUGUCGGGUCCCAGCUCUGGCUACGAGCGCAGCCAGCACGGUAUGAUGCUGCGACAGAAAUCCAUCGGUGUCCCAGAGGAGGAGAAACAUUACCUCCACCCACCGGCAGUGAAGUUUGCUCGCAGUCUGUCAGUCCCUGGGCCAGAUGACAUACCCCCACCCCCCACCACAGCUCCGCCUGAACCCCCCUUCACUGCAGGGCCUCCCUCUGGCUGGAGGAGCAAACAGACCCAAAUGCCCACAGCGCUGGUAUCCCAGACUUCCUCAGCCACUCCCAGCUACCAGCUCUACUCUCAGGCUGUGCAGGUCCCCCAGGCGGGUCGUGAGAGAGGCGGGGCUGGGGGCGUGGUCGGGGGCGGGGUAGGGGAUCAUGCACUGUCCUCACCUUAUCCAGCACCACCUGCCCCUCACAUUCAGCCAGGCAGGGCUACAGUGUCUCGUAAAGGCGGGGCCAUCCCUGGGGAGGCUGGGGGCACGGCGGGUGCUGGGGGCAGGACCGCUGGACUGAGGAGGGGCUACAGCAAUGCGGCCCCCCCUUCCGCCGUGGUUGCGCCAAGUCAGCAGCAGCCCCUGAGCACACAAAACCAGGCUGCCCAGCAGGCGGGGCGGGCAGGGGCCACGGGCCCUGGGGGGGGGGCCAAGGCUGGGGGCCGGAGGGCAAAGGGCUUGUUAGUGAAGCAGUCCAAGGUGGAGGACUGUACACGCGUGGGCGGCGCCCCCACCCUGGGCAAAGCCCCUGUGGAGAAGAGCUCCAUUCCGAUCCCCACCAUCAUCGUCAAGGCCCCCUCCACCAGCAGCAGCGGGCGCAGCAGCCAGGGCAGCAGCAUGGAGGCUGAGCCGCCCGCUGAGGCCGAUGCCAAGGGUGCCCCGCCCAUUUCCGCCCCGCCUCCUGUGCCCGCUCCUCCCCCACCCAUCAUCCCUCCUCCCCCUCCCCCUACCACAGCACCUCCGCCAGUGCCACCAUUACGUACCCAGGACAGCCUGGACUUCACUAGCCAGUUCGGGGCAGCUAUAGUCGGGGCAGCACGCCGCGACCGAGAGCGCCUCCAUCAGGCCCGGCGUAAAAGCACCUCCUUCUUCCUGUCGGCCGAGGAGGAGGCUAGCACAGUGGCCCGGGCCCAGGCUUCCCUGCAGCAGGAUGCGGGGACCCCUCGCCUGCGGCCCUCCAAGUCCAUUGAUGAGGGCAUGUUUAGUGUGGAGCCCCCCCAGCACACGCGCAGCAUGCCCCCUGCCUUUGGUCUGCCUGAGUACUGCACCCCUGUGCCAGGAGACUUCCAGCCACGCUCUGUGCCAACCGAUUUCUAUGGCGCCGCCAAGCCACCAGCCACCACCUUUAUCCACCCACUAACAGGAAAGGUGCUGGACCCCUCCUCGCCUCUCGGCCUGGCCCUGGCUGCCCGUGAGCGUGCUCUCAAGGAUGACAGCAGGCCCCGCAGGGAACGCACCACGGAGCACCAUCUAACACGACAGGCUUCCACCGCGGCUGCUAUUCCCGCCUCCCUGCUGUCCCGCGUGCCGUCAGCCGUCUCCGCCUCCCAAUCCUCCAGCUCCUCCUACCUCGUCACUUCCUCCUCUCUGGCAGCCACCACCCCCUCUACAGGGCGGCCCCCCUCACCACGCAUCUUGAGGGGUGGGGCCGGGUGGAGUGAGGAGGCGGGGGAGAGGGAGAGGGAGGGUGGAGGACGGGAGGGGCUCAGGGUACGCUUUUCGGAGGAUAAGACAGUCCACACACAUCAGUACCAGUCACAACACUAUCAACCUACCUACCGAGAGAGGGAGAGGGAACGGGAGCGAGAGAGGGAGCGAGAGAGGGAGAGAGAGCGGGAGAGAGAGCGGGAGCGAGAGAGGGAGCAAGAGAGGGAAAGAGAGAGGGAGAGAGAGAGGGAGCGAGAGAGGGAGAGAGAGAGGGAGAGAGAGAGGGAACGAGAGAGAGAGGGGUACGGGAGAAGGCAUGAACGGCCCCCUCAGCCACCUUCCCAACCGGCCCCGCGCCGCCCCUCUUUCCUGCGUAUGGAGAGUGAUGCCAGUGCCUAUAUUCUUGCCCUGACCCCUCCAUCACCUCCCCCUGCCCCCCCAGUUCAUGGGGUCAGCGGGGUCGGCGGUGGUGGUGGGCUGGCUCUCAUGGUGCUGCCUCCCCCAGCCCCCUCUAUGGAUGCCGACGAUGAGUUUGUCUUCGCUGAGCCCCUGCCGCCUCCGCUGGAGUUUGCCAACAGCUUUGACCGCAGUGCAGCGGGCAGACAGGGCUACAGCCAGUCCCAGGCCAUGCUGAUUAAUAGCCUGCAUUCCUCCCAGCAGCCUCCACCGCCUCCACCCCCCCCCCCACCUCCGCCGCCUCCGCCCCCCAGAGAGCCCUUUAUGGGUGGCUUCCCCCCCCACACACCCCUGCCCUCCCCGCAAGCAGGGGACUCCACGGCCUCCAGCCUCACCUCGUAUGACAGCGAGGUGGCGAAUCUAACCCAGUCAGCACCAUCGCCCUCUUCCACGUCAACGUCGGCAGCCGUGCAGCCACCGCCACCCCCCUGUGUGUCUCCACCUCCACCCCCUACUUCCUUCCACAGGUCAUUCGGCUUGUCACACACACACCACCUGUACAACAGCGCACACAUGCCUGGCCGGGCGUCCCCCGGCGCCCUGCCUCUGUCCGGACCGCCCCCCAUGUAUCACAGCAACCCCGCUGUUGUUGGCACCUCCCCCAUCCCCACUCAGACUGGUGCCGGCAUCGGCCUGUCCACCGCCGUCACCUGUGCCGUGGCAACUGCUGUCAUCGCUACAACGACCACCACCACCACCACGGCAACAGCGGGACUCCGCAGGGUGGAUCGCGCCGCCCCUCCAGCCAAGAGCGGCGAGUCCCAGGAGACCGUGGUGGAUUCUGGGAUAGAGGAGCUGGAUAGUCGCAGCAGCAGUGACCACCACCUGGACAGCAUCCUGGGGCUGGGCAGUGUGAGGGGUGAGCGUGAGCGGGCAGACCGCCCAGACAGGGGUGCGGACCUUUUGGACUCCUACAUGACCUACCUAGAUGGACAGACUUACGAGAUACACAACAGCAAAACAGCUGCCACCUCCACAUACCCCAAGUCACAACGCUACAGGGAUGGGGGCCGGCCAGGCGUGGAGCUCCGCAGACAGUCCGCCAGCACACCGUCUGCACUCCAGGGAUCCCUCCACUCCCAGAGACAGCGGGAGGAGGAGGAGGAGCAGGAGAGUAGGGAGCGGGUUGAUGAAGGUGAAAUCGCUCAUGACGGCUUCAGCGUCAGGGCCACUCAGAGCCUGAGCCGCCCAGCCACACUCUACCUGGAGCGGGCGCGCACCCCAGAGGUGAAGCCCCACUGGGCAGAGGGCCCCAUUGGCCCCAGUCAAACAGCAGAGGGCGAUACUCAGGUAGGGAGCCCAUACCUGGAGGGCAGGAAGAUGCACCCGCCCCUGCCCGGCAUGAAGGCCAGCAUUAUCAACGAGCUGAACAGCAAGCUGCAGCAGAUGGGCACUAAGGGCUCUGAAGGAUGGGGGAGCCACCGCUCUUUGAGCCGGCACAGGUUCUCAGAAGACUCCACUGGUACCCUGAGCCCCCCCAUCCCACGCUCUCCCUCUCCAUCCCCAAUACCGCCCAACCAGCCAGCCCCCUCCCCCGCUCCAUCUUCCCAGCCCCCACUGUACCCUGGCUGGACCCAUUCACCAUUGCCUCAGUCAACCUCUGUGACUGCUCCCCCAGCCCACUCCCCAUAUCCCACCUCACCACAGCGCAGACCUGUAUACCACACCAAAGCCCUGGAAUUCCAGUUCCUUCCCAACCGGGAAUCUCGGCGGCAGGAGGCCCAGAGUCAGAGGCGUCGGGCCCCAAGCCCCCUGAUCUCUCCCCCGGACCGCCCUAAGCUCGGUCCCCCCCGGCCUUCGUCCCUCCCAAUUCUGUCCACUGCACCCCUGUAUGGCAGCCUGUAUGACUUACGCGGUUCCGUCUCCCCACCAUCUCCAGCCAACCCACUGGGGGACCCCUACUUCUCCCCCUCCCCUCCCCUGUUUGCCCCCAGUGGGGCACCCCCACCUCCCAACUCCUCGCUGGUUGUGUCCCGUUCCCUCUCCCCCACUCACUUUCUCUCUGGGAGUUCUUCUCCACCCCUGCACCCCUUGCCACCCCCAACAUGCCUCAGCUACCCGCACCUGCCCCCCCCACCACCAUCCAAGCCAUUCACCUCAAAGCCCCUCCCCUAUUGGACCAAGUAUGAUGUGGCUGAUUGGCUGGCUUACCUGAACCUGGGGGAACACAGGGAGCGUUUCCUGGACAACGAGAUUGAUGGCACGCACCUGCCCUCCCUGACCAAGGAAGACUACCUGGACUUGGGCGUGACCCGUGUGGGCCACCGUAUGAAUAUCGAGCGGGCUCUCCGGAGGCUCAUGGACAGGUAGCCUAGUCCUGCCACAGAGAUGGAUGGACUCCAAAAUACAAGGAGGAGGGAGAGAGGAGGGAUGGAGAGGGAGUUUGCAAAAUGCUGCUACCGAUGGACAGAUUGAGAGAAAUACCACUACCGACAGCAAGAGACUGCGAGAGACGAGGAAAUGGAAGGAAAAAGAGUGCCGAGAGAAGACAGAAGAUGCAACAGAGAGAUACACAUCAAGACAGUGAUGAUUGGACAGAAACACAGACAUAGACAAACACAUCUGCAUUCAGAGACAGGUAGACAUCCGAGAGAUUUUGCAUCACUGACUGACAGACAAACACAUCUAUUUUCAGGGAAAUGCACAGACACACUGCAUCACCGACAGACCAACAUACCUGUGUUCAGGGAGAGGCACAGACAUAAGCACACACUGCAUCACUGAAAGACAUAAACACACACUGCAUCAAUGAAAGACAUAAACACACUUCAUCAAUGAAAGACAUAAACAUACACUGCAUCACUGACAGUCACAUACAAAUGUGACAGUUGUGUGGAGCUGUUGGUGAGGUUCCCCUAUGAAUGAAGAUUUAAGAGGCUGAACCUUGUGCCUGCCUCACUGUUAUACUGCCUCACCAUUAUACUUUUAAAGAUGAUAGUGAAAUGACCAUGGGCGACACACACUGGGCAGUUAGCUGCAUGCUACAUGGACACACACACACACACACACACACACACACACACACACACACUGGGCAAUUAGCCAAGUGCUACAUGAACCCACAGACACACUGAGCAAUUAGCUGCAUGCUACACAGACCCACAGAAACACUGGGCAAUUAGCUGCGUGCUACACAGACCCACACAAACACUGAGCAGUUAGCUGCAUGCUACACAGACCUCUACACACACUGGCAAUUAGCUGCGUGCUACACAGACCUACACACACACUGGCAAUUAGCUGCGUGCUACACAGACCCACACAUACUGUGUACCUUGUUGUGUGCUAUGGAUGGGAAACAGAUUUGUUGCCGUAGUACCAUCUAUUAAAAGAAGAAUUACUGAGGUUAAAAAGUUCACACACAUGCCUUCAGGCACGUGUAAACACGACAUAAACACUAAAGCAAGCUGACAGAUCUAAGAAAGAAGAGGAGUGGAUGUUUCUGGCUUGUGGGUGAGAUGAAUGUAACUUUUACAAGACUUGGGAGCCCCUGAGACACUAAAUGAUCCUUGAUGAAGAGGAAGAUGCUGCUGGCGUACCAGAGAAGAUGGAGGAAUCGCAGAACUUCAGAGCCACUUCCAAACACACAGGAGUCUCCGAGUAAAGGAGGACAGCUAGAUGUGUGUGUGUGUGAGGUCACACGCAGGCGUGUCUGUUUUAAUAUGAUUAUUGUCAUUUUUAAACUCUGGAUGGGUGUGGCCUUCCAGUAUCAGUAUGCAGACCAUUCUUCUUAAUAUUAUUAUUAUUAUUCUGAUUAUAGUUAUUCUCAGUAUGACUGUGGGGUGGAGAGGGUGGAGGUGCUACUCGCCGCCCUGCUCCGGUGACAGACACAUGGCGGCUAUGUGACAGGGUGUAUAUGUUGACCCGUCGGCUUACAUGCUGCAUCAGAGGUCAGCAGAUAUCAGUGCCAUCACUGUCUUGAGUGACACUCACUUUCUCCUUCUCAUGAGCAGUUUACUCUCCUGUGUUAUUGCAGCAAUCAGAAGAAAAGGGCUCCUCUUUCUCUGCCUGACUCUCCUUUCCCUCCCUCCUCCUCUCUCUGACUCCUGUCUUCUCUCCCGUUCUCUUCCUCACCCUCCUCUCAACUCUUUCUCUCUCCCUCCGUCUCUCUCUGACUCCUCUGCCUUCUCCCUUUUCUCUCUCUUUCCUCUUCUUGUCCUUUUUCCCGCCCUGACUCGUCUUAUCCCUCUUUCUCCUCUUUCUCUUCCUCACUCUAUGCUCCUUUUUCCUUCCUUCAUCUCUCUCUCACUCCUCUGUUUUCUACCUCUGCUUUCUCUGCAUUCCUCUUCCUCACUCUCCUUUCUGCGCCUCUUUUUCCCCCUUUCUCUGACUCCUGUCUUCUCCCUCUACUUUCUCCACUUUCUCUUCUUCACUCUCAUUUCCACUCCUCCUUUUCCCUCCCUCUGCCUCUGACUCCUGUCUUCUCCCUCUACUCUUUCUCCUUUUCCUCACUCUCCAUUCCUGUCUUCAUUUUCCCUCCCCUGGCGCCUCUGUCUGCUCUUUUCUGCUCAUAGGUGGUAGAAUUUAGACAUUUUACAGACACACACACGGAUAGCUGGAUUGGAGUGAUAGUCUUGCUUUUUACAUGUUGAGCAUAUCCAUGAUAAUGAUAAUUGCAGUUGUGAUAAUGAUAGAUUGAAUAAUUGUUAGAGAUGUACAAUUUUCAGCUGUUCUGCAGAACCUGUCUUCCAAAUGCUAUUUAAGAUAGAGCUGACUUUGUUAUUUCUGGGUUGCUCUCUACAUGCCCUGCGUCUGUCUGCGCUGUUCAGCCAACGACUGGCUGUGUGUAUGCGCGUCUGCGCGCGUGUGACUGCGUGCGCGUGUGCGAGGGCCGUCCCCUGUCCUCCCCUGCAGUCUAACCUGCUCAGGUCUGGGGGAGGGGGCGUCUGGGUCUUUUACCCUGUUCAUAGACUAUAUUUUGAUACUAACCUUCAUCUUUAUUAUGCACAUUUAUCUGAUUAAUGAAAGGGGUCAGUAAGUGACAUCAGGAUUCAGGACAUGCAUGCAUGUCACGGAGCGCACUGGGGGGGGGGGGGGGGAGGGCCUUCAGGACAGCACUGACCAGGGGCUGUAGGAAGCAGUACACUGCUUAAAUGAAUAUUUUAACAUUUAAUAAUUCUAUAUUAAGAGAUUAAAGGUUAUUUACGGACUAUAU